AUGGGUAUUAAACAUCUUUAUCAAGUUAUCUCGGAAAAUGCGCCCGAUGCUGUUAAGACUGGCGAAAUUAAAAACCAUUUCGGCCGCAAGGUUGCAAUUGAUGCGUCCAUGAGUAUCUACAGCUUCCUCAUAGCUGUGCGCUCGGAAGGUCAGCAAUUAAUGAGCGAUACUGGCGAAACAACAUCCCACUUGAUGGGCAUGUUUUAUCGGACCCUUCGAAUGGUUGACAAUGGUAUCAAGCCUUUGUACGUCUUUGACGGUGCCCCUCCAAAAUUGAAGUCUGGUGAGCUAGCAAAGCGUGGCGCACGUAAGGCAGAGGCCCACGAGGCCCAUGAGGAAGCCAAAGAAACCGGCACUGCGGAAGAUAUCGAGAAAUUUUCGCGCCGCACCGUGAGAGUCACUCGCGAGCACAAUGCUGAGUGCAAAGAAUUAUUGAAGUUGAUGGGAAUUCCGUACAUCGAUGCACCCACCGAAGCCGAGGCUCAGUGUGCUAUUCUAGCGCGUGCAGGAAAGGUCUAUGCGGCUGCCUCCGAAGAUAUGGAUACAUUAUGUUUUGAGUCUCCCAUUCUUUUGAGGCAUUUAACAUUCAGUGAGCAGCGGAAGGAACCAAUUCAAGAGAUUCACCUGAGUCGAGCCCUGGAAGGGCUUAACAUGGAUCGCAAUCAGUUCAUUGAUCUUUGCAUUCUUUUGGGCUGUGACUACUUAGAACCCAUACCUAAAGUUGGACCUCAGACCGCCCUUGCCUUGAUACGCGAACAUGGCACAUUGGAGAAAGUGCUCGAGUUUAUGGAAAAGGACCCCAAGAAGAAGUAUGUGGUCCCAGAAGAUUGGCCCUAUCAAGAUGCGCGGGAUCUAUUUAUCGCGCCAGAUGUUCGCGACGCAAACGAUCCCGCCUGCGAUUUCAAGUGGGAAGCGCCGAACGUGGACGGAUUAGUUGAAUUCUUGGUUACUGACAAGGGAUUCAACGAGGAUCGCGUACGAAAUGGUGCUGCCCGGUUAACAAAAAACCUCAAAGUUGCCCAACAAUCUCGACUGGAGGGCUUUUUCAAGCCGAAAGCGCGUACCGAUGAGGAGAAAGCCAAUCUCAAGCGAAAAAACGAUGAAAAAAUUCAAGAGCAGAAGAAGCGCAAGAAGGAUGAAGCCAAGGCAAAGAAAGACGCGAAGGCCAAGCCGCGGGGUGCAGGCUAG